AUGGCUCCUCGCGCACCCCCUCGCGGCAUCUACGCCCCCGUCGUGGCCUUCUUCCACGAAGACGAGACGCUGGACCUCGCGGCCCUCAAAACCCAUGUCGAGCGGCUCGCAAAGUCAGGCGUGGCCGGACUCGUGAUCCAGGGGUCCAACGGGGAGGCGCCGCAUCUGCUCCACUCAGAGAGGCAACAGGUCAUCGCGACGGCGGCCGAGGUGCUGAAGCAGCACGGCAAGUCCGACGCCGUCAUCAUCGCCGGCUGUGGCGCGCAGAGCACGCGCGAGACGGUCCAGCUCUGCACCGAAGCCAAGGAAUCGGGAGCGGACUACGCCCUCGUGCUGUCGCCGAGUUACUGGAGUACGUACUACGGGCCCCUUUCUUUCGUCUUUCCGCAGCAGAACGAAAAUACUAAUCGGUUCACAGCCGGGGCGAUGCAGAAACCCGUGAUCCAGCAGUUCUUCGAUGACGUCGCGACGGCCUCGCCCAUCCCCAUCCUCCUGUACAACUUCCCCGCCGUGACGUCGGGCAUCGACCUCGACUCAGACCUCAUCGCGGGGCUCGCGGCGUCCAACGCCAACAUCGUGGGCUGCAAGCUGACGUGCGGAAACCUGGGCAAGCUGCACCGCGUGGCACACGACGAGCGGAUCCCGAAACCCUUUGCGGCGUUCGCGGGCAAGUCGGACUUCUUCCUGCACGGCCUCGUGGCGGGCUCGCACGGCGUCAUCGCGGCGGCGGCCAACUUCACGCCAAAAGUGCACGUCAAGCUGCUGCAGCUCUACGACGAGGGCAAGCUCGCCGAGGCGCAGGAGCUGCAGACGAAGCUGAGCCAGGCGGACUGGGUGCUGGUGCAGCUGGGUGUCGCCGGGUUGAAGGCCGCGCUGGACAGGUAUUUCGGGUACGGAGGCGGCCGGAGCAGACGGCCUCUCGGCUUGGUUGCCAGCGCAAAGUUUGAGGGAGAGAAGGAUGCGGUGCUCAAGAGUCUGGUGGACUUGGAGAGUUCGCUGUGA